AUGACAAUUUCGCAGAAUCUACAAUCUGUUCAAUCGGAUAAAAAAUAUUCGUCAAGUCAAGUUAUAAAUUGGAAUCAAAAACAACAAGCUGGAGAAAAUAGUCUCAAAUUUUGUGGAAAUAUUUUUUUUGAAAGUAAAUAUGAUAUAGUGAUAAUUGAUGCAGGAGUAUGUAAAUCAUCAGAUCCUGACGGUAAUACGAUUCUCGGAAUCAUUUCUUAUAUUGCGCCAGAGAUAUUUAUUGAUAAAAAGUAUACUAAAGCUUCAGAUAUAUAUAGUUUUGGCAUGAUUAUGUGGGAAUUAAUGGCAGGCAGAAGACCUUUUUGGAAUCGAAAAUAUGAUCAGAAACUUGUUGAAGAAAUUAUUCAUGGGCUCCAACCUCCUAUUGUUACAAAUGCACCUGAAGGUUAUAUUGAAUUAAUGCAAAGUUGUUGGCACUCUGAUUCAAAUCAAAGACCAAUGUCUAUUGAUAUUAUUAAAUUUAUUGAUAAAACCAUUUUGAAUGAAGAAAAGAAUCCAACUAAAAUAAUAAUAAACUCAUGUAUUGGACCAAAAACUACAAAUAAUACAGAGAGUAUGACAAAAACAAUUUUCGAUGGAAACACUGGAAAUAAUAGCGAAAAUAACG